AUGUGUUUCACAGGUGAAACUCCCCUAUCCUUGGCAGCUAUAAAAGGGCGCCUGGCUGCUGUGGAAUAUCUUCUUGAAAUGGGUGUGAAUCCUGAAAUACUGGAUGCUUGGAAUUGUACUCCUUUGCAUCAUUCCGCUGUGAAAGGGCAUAAUUUUGUCAAACCUUUGUUGCUUGCAAAAGGUAUUAAUGUGGAUAUUACGAAUGGAUUUUCCUCACCCCUACAAUAUCCUGCUACUGCUGACAAACACGGUACUGUUAAAAUUCUUCUGGAUCAUGGUGCCAAUCUUACUUGUUGGAAUGUUAGUUUGAUCAUAAUACACCUCCUAUCUGAGUACAUAUUUGUUCAUGGAAAUGAUCAUCACAUAGGCCAAAUUUGGUCUUCCAUGAUACAUUUAAUUACUCCACUUCACGUAUCUAUUGAUUCCCAAUCUUGGCAAUGCGUGAAGCUAUUACUGAAGAUUAAAUUUCUUUUCCUUGAUUUCAGAUGUGCUGAUCCAAAUGGUGCACCAGAUGGAAUAAAAGCUCUUCCACUCGCAGUGGGGGUAACACAAAUCAUCAAGCUGCUGCAAGCUGGUCCAGAUCCAAAUGUUACGAAUAUAUAG